AUGGAGCAGCUACAAACCGACCUCGAUCAGCUCAUCAAGCAAUCAUUCCAUUUUGUGCCCGUCAAUACCCAGCGCCACGAUCAGUGGUACAAGCGCGUGUAUCAAGCCAAAUGGAAGGAUGGGGUUUGCCCUCUGAUUCUAACCCCCAAAGACUCACGAGAGGAGUGGACAGCGCAGGUGCACAAGUUUGCAGUCAAGUUUGCGAAAGCAGUUCACGGCGCUAUCGAUGAUGGGUCAAAAAUACGGCAAGAUGCUCUUCAGGCGGAAGAAAUCUCAUCUGACAACAAACUCUUUCAGGACGCGGUGCUCGACGAGUUCCAGACCAAGUUCACACCCUGCAGCGCCAAGGAGAAUGCAUUAACACCAGCUGUGCAGCGGCUCACGUUCUGGACCGAGCCCCAGGAGAACUUCCAGCCCUGGGCAGAUGCGGUUCGGGCGCUAUUGGCAUGUGAGCAGAUUGGGCCUUUGCUAUACAUGGCCCAUUAUCGCAGGGAAAUCCCGCUCAAGGACCUGGCACCGAAGAACGCCAAACUCUGGACCCGAAGACGCUUCGAAACAAAUACCACUGGCUGGGGGCUUGGUUUGGGAGAGUCCCUUGAAGUCCUCUUCUUCCUCGAGAUUCUCAAGUGCUUUCCCGACGCGCUGGGUAAGGAGGAGGAAUGCGAGAGAUGGGUCCCUUACACAUAUGCCAACGAGGAUUCGCCUAUGCGGCGCUACCUACGAAGCCGGAGCGGCAAUCAUUCCAAAAUCAUUUCAAAUACGCACGGAGAGGCCCAGCGAUGCUUCCGAAUCGUGUGCAUGCACCAGAUGCUAUGGGACGCGUGCGGGUUGCCAGCCCUGAAUCUAGAGCAAUAUGUCAUCAAUACGUUCCUCUCCUUCUUGGGAUUUGAGGCGUGGAACCGCUGGCGAGAGGGAGAGGGAUAUCUGGGAACUGAUCUGAACAAAAUGAAAGACGAGAAGUGGCUGUGGCAAAAUAUGGGCGACGACGCCAAGCAGGCUGUCGAGAAACAAAGGGAGCUCGAUGCACAUGAUUCCUCAAGUGCCGUUCCAAAGUCGCCGAGGCCGCGAGACCCCCUUCGAUUGCGAGAGCCGAAAGCAACACCAGUCGAGGAACCCAGCGAGGAGGAUCUUGUCGAGCUAAAUAAGUUGGCAGCGAUGGAGGCUGAGGAAGCAACAUAUGGGCGGAAGAGAAGCACCAAAUAUCACCGGAAUCAGUAG